CUCUGUUAGUGAUCGCGAAUUACCUUGAGAGUAACACCAUUUAUCAUUUCAUGGACAGAAAACAAAGAUGGCCAGCCAUAUUUACCGCCUUCUUCCCUGUCUCAUCUUUCCCUACACACUACGCCCAUCUUCAGCGGCCCACGCUCUCACAAGGCCCUCGCCAGGACCAUCGCCAGUUUCCACGGACUGCAGGGCCUCGCGCAGCCAUGGCGGUUACCGACGGAGAGAGUCCUGAGCUGGUGGAGAGUGGGGAACUGGCGCUGCACUUGGAGGCCCUCCAGCGUUGGCACGACGAAGCUGAGCUCCUGCGGGAGGCGAGAGUCCUUCCUCCAGGCGCUGACGACCAGAUCAACCUCGAUGCAGAGACUCGAGACCAAGUCAAGGACCUCAUGGAGACACUGAUUGAGGAGGAAAUCCUGGACGUCCGUCGGGGUUGGGCCUCGCCUCUAACUUUUAAUGCUUUUCAUAUUGCCAUUCACAAUGUUCCGUAUCAGUGAACCUCCUGGACGAGGGAUUCACUCCCCUUUUAUGCA